AUGUUACCAUCUCUCAAGGCUCUAGCUUCCAUGGUGGCGGUACAGCCGCGUCAAAAUGACAUUAACAAGGGUCCCUCAUCACAUGUCAUGGAAAACCUCGCCAUUCAUACCCAUAAAAUUGCCCAAGAUUUAACCUCGCAGCUAUCCAACAAAAUUGAGAUCAUCAGUCAAACCAUAAUCGGUGAUAUUGAGAUCAUUAUCGAUACGGCUUUGGAACAUUUGACACAACCCAUUAUCGAAAUCCAAGAGGCCAUAGAAAAACCUGAAUGCCAACGCCUUCUUACAAUGGAAGAAUUGCGAGAACGCAUCGAUUCCCAGUUAUCAGGAUGUACAAAAAAUCUUACCGAUAUUUUGCAUAAUUUUCAAAAUGAUUCAAUGGAUAUAACCAAAUCCUUGGAAAUGGGUUCUCAACAAAUUGCCACAUUGCCGAGUCAAUGUGAAAAAUCGGAAUAUUCGUUCGCAAGCAUGACAGCAUGUUUUAUUGAAAAAAUUUCCGAAUUAAAUCGAGAUUUAGCAAUCCUGUUGAAUCGUGCCAGUAUGGAAGUUUUACAUACACAUCAAAUUGCCAAUGACGUGGGAGAAUCUUCCCGCACCUGUGCCGAUAAAGUGGUAGAGGAUACUGUCGAAUAUUUAGAUCGUAUUCUGACAACAUGUCAUAAUAAUAGUAACAACAUUAAAUGA